AUGGUCGCGGACAAGGCCCUCCGUGUGGUGCGAGCGUUGCGCGGUAUCAUGCGCAACCACAGCGGCCCCCAAGUAAGUAAUCGGAAGCUGCUCGCCGCAGUGGCCGCAUCCAUCAUUCGUUACGGCGCACCCGUCUGGGCGGAAGCCACGGACCUGCAGUGGUGCAGACGGAUUUUGGAUCGCGUGCAGCGCCCCCUGGCCCAGGGCAUUACGAGCGCCUUCCACUCAACGAGCUGCGAAGUAGCGGUAGUUCUAGCUGGGGAACUGCCCUACCACCUCCUGGCGAAGGAAGACGCCCGCUGCUACAAUCGACAGCAGUCCAGCCCGGACAGCAGUCGAGAGGCGAUUCGCCAGGAGGAGAAGGAGACAUCGCUGCAGCUGUGGCAGCAAUAG